AUGCGUGUGCCUGGGUGCGGUGUUCCACCACCACCCGACAGCCGACGGUUCAACAGCAACAACAGCCAGAUAACCGACAGCACUAACGAUUGCAACAACAACAACAACAACAACAACAACAACGACGACGACGACGACAACGUGAAGGAAAUCGGUUCGGCGAAAUCGGUGGAAAUUAACUGGCCGAUCGCGCGCGGAACUAAUCAACGAGAGGGAAUCACGUCUGGUGGUUGCCUCGAGCACCACGGUACCGGCUGGCUGACGGCGGAAACGGCUCCACCGACGCCACUUCCGCCACAGAGGUGCAACGGGCGACCGUUGUUGUUCGCCGAGUUCUUCAGCCGAGUUGCUUGCUACCGGAAGUUCACGGCGAAGAGCCGGCGAGUCGGUGUCGGUUCGCGUAUUACUACCGAUCCGUCGAAGAACAGGAGCACGAUCUCGCGAGCCUCGAGGAUCUCGUCGUCGACAACAGCCGAGGUGUUCCGUACUCGGUGUUCACGCGCCAGUAGCUGGGUGAGCGAGGUGAUCGGGAGCGUGUAG